UGUAGCUUUUCGCCUUUGUGUUUGAACUAUGAUGAUCUUUGCUUCUGCAUCUGUGUCGCAUUUUAAUGCACCACAAACUGUUGCCAGAGUGUCCUGCCCCUGGAUAGGCGAUGUGGUUUUAUCAGACAGCCUCGGACCGCAAUCAGGAGCGCAGGAACACUGAGAAGAUACUUCGGGACUCGGAUUUGCUUGGUCGGAAGAUAGAUACAGCUUUCUAAGAGCGCAGUGGCAUAAAGGUGUAGACUGCGGCAUCAUCAGUGGUAAAAGUUGGACUGAAAGUGCACUUUCAGUAAGGAAACUGAUGCACGUAAGAAGGGAUGCCAGCCAGGCGUGGCUUGUGUUUGAAUAUCCAAUGUGAGAAUGCGUGGGGAGUAUGUAUAUAAUAGAGUCUUUCCAUCUGAUAAACAGACAUAUCAAACGGAUGAUUAUAGCAGGAGGAGAUUAAUAAAGUGAAAGGACGCAGCUGAUUUGGAGGAGCACGACGCGCUGCGAACGCUUUGUGCGUGCAUGGACCGGACUUGUGUAAACUUUUUUCCCUCCUUGAGUCACCGUACAUUUUAAAUGACUUCGCUUAAUUUGACAGCUGUGCACACAAUGGGAGAGGUCGGGAGUUUUCUGGGGACAAUCGACUUGGAUUUACAAAGCUUUCCUGCACUCGGGAAUAUGCCCUUGCCGGAGUCUCCAGUGGGCUUGAAUGAGCGGCUGGGGCAGAUUGAAGGGAGGCUGCAGCGGGGGUCGCCUACGGAUUUUGGGCACCUAAAAGGGAUCCUGAGGCGGCGGCAGCUCUACUGCAGGACGGGCUUUCAGCUGGAGAUAUUCCCCAAUGGGACAGUGUAUGGAACAAGACAGGACCACAGCAGAUUUGGUAUCCUGGAGUUCAUCAGUCUGGCAGUGGGUCUGGUCAGCAUCAGAGGGGUGGACGCUGGACUCUACCUCGGCAUGAAUGAGAAAGGAGAGCUCUAUGGGUCGAAGAAGUUGACAGCAGAAUGUGUGUUCAGAGAGCAGUUUGAGGAGAACUGGUACAACACCUACGCUUCAACUCUGUACAAGCACAAUGACACGGGGCGCUUCUACUAUGUGGCCUUAAACAAGGAUGGCUCGCCCAGGGAGGGCGGCAGGACUAAAAAACACCAGAAACUCACCCACUUUUUACCCAGGCCUGUGGAGAUUGAAAAGAUCCCUCAGGCGUACAGGGACUUAUUCCAGUACAGGUGACCAGCGCUUACGCCCGGAGAACUGAUUCCAUUAGGAGGAGCGGAAAUAAAAGAAGAGGAGAGAGGGGGUGUUGUGGAUAUUUUGGACCUGGUACAGAACUGUUUACCCUCAACUCCCCCUGAGGUCACUGAGUUUGCACCUCAGCCCACUGCCAAGCACUGACAUAAACAUUGUGCAUGUUCCUGGAUGUUGAUUCUUUGCCUCUGCAGUGGACUACAGAGAGGAGGGGGAAGUAAAUUUCUUAAACCACUGAGGACAUGGACGGAGGAGGCCCGCAUGGCUGCCCUGCUGUGGGGCAAUCAGGACGAUCAAAUCAAGUGCCAUGUUUUCCCAAUAACCACUUUUUUUGAUACUGAAGCACCAUGCAGCGGCAAGUGGAUGGUCGUGGCUCUUGGCGGUUCUGCACAGCACUAAGCUGGUGUGGGGGAAGAAACGAAUGGUCGACGAUGAGUACACCAAGAGAGAGACUUUUAGGAGCUGACGGAAAGCACUGCAGAUGUCACAUUGUGCAUUUGUCACGCACUAUACACAGUCAUGGUAAAUGUUAGACAGGGUAGAUUCCACAUUCACAGAGAUAGUAAGGAGAAGGGUGAGAAUACACAAACUAUGUGCUACAUGCAGGUUAAGUGACAGGUUGGGAUAGUCAGGUACUAAAGAGUCUGUAGGGAGAAUGUCUGGGAGACAGAACUGGAGUUUUAUUAAGUCGUCUUCAAAAUCGAAGAUGAAAGAUGGAAAUAAAAUCUCUUAAAAUGAACGUGUGAUAGAUGAAAGAGCACUUACUGCACAUCCCCAGUCCCAGCUGUUGGCCCACUUUGUCUCCCAUGUCAUCAUCAGAGUCGAACAAUCUCUGAAUCUGAAUAAAAUAUCACGCAGCGUCUUGUAGGAAAUCUAUGCAAAAACAAGCGAUUAAGCUCGGGACAAAAGCACUUCUCUGACUGUGGUUGUAAAGAAUAAGCAAUGGGUUUUUUUUUUAAAGGAUGGUGACUUGUAAUGUUCAGAGUGUCAGGAACAUUAUUAAAAAUGCAAGUAGCUGAGGUGUACAUAUGGGUGAUCCUAUUUAUGAGAUGUACAAUAUAUUUAUUUUCUACAUAUAAAGUAUAAAUAUAAAUCUAUAUAUUUAUUUAUUGCAAAGAAUUUAUUUUGUAAUGAACUUGAAGUUAUCUGGACUGUAGAUUCUACUGAAAUGACACCCAACACCCCCCCCCCCAAAAAAAAACUGCAAUGACCAUGACAAUAAAAUUGUCCUGCCAUCGAGAAAUCAAUGUGAGAGACUUUUUUGUUGUUGCUUGGAUUAAAAUCUGAUGUACCAAUUAAAACCAGAUACAAAAUC